AUGACUCGACGGCGACUCCGACGGAGAAAUAGAAAUCAUCCUUACAUGGGUGAGUAUGGUACCGUCGUAGUGUGGUUGUGUAGCCCAACACACCAUACGAAUACUCACAAUCGAGUAAUAGAACUUCCACGUGAUGGGUUACGGAACACUGAGAUGUAUACAACAAUAGUCAAGCUGAGAUCUCCACCAAGGGAAUAUAUUGGUUUGAUUAAUAAAGGAAGUGACCUUCUCUGGGUUAGUUGCAAUCAAUGUGAUAAUUGCCCUCAAUCUAAUGGACUUGGGUUUAAGUUCAAUUUCUUUGACAAGGUAAAUUCAUCCACAGCUGUGUUGAUUCAUUGCUCGGACUGUCAAUGCCCUUUCGGGGUUCAAGGUGCGGAUUUUAAGUUUAAUUUCUUUGAUACGAUGAGUUCAUCCACGACCGCGCUGAUUCAUUGCUCGUACCGUAUAUGCCCUUUUGAGGUUCAAGGUGCGGAUGUUCGAUGCUCUCCUCCCAUUAAACAUUGCAGAUACACGUAUGAGUAUCAAUAUAAUAGUACUAUCUCGGGUGUUUAUGUUACUGAUAAAAUGCAUUUUGACAUGAUCCUCAGGCAACCUUCUCCUUCCAAUGUAAACUCUUCAUCCACUGUGUUUUUUGGGUGUUGUAUCAAUCUUGAUUGGGGUUUGAUUGAGACACCAACAGCAUUUGAUGGAAUCUUUGGGUUUGGCCCUGGUACUCUGAGUUUUGUGUCUCAAUUGUCAGCACGUGAAAUACUACCGAGUGCUUUUUCUCAUUGA